UCUAAGUGAUGUUGCAUGUGUUUACAAGGGAUGGCAUUUUAACUUAAAUUCUCCCUUUCCUUCAUGUGCUACAGAAGCAAAUAGAUUUUCAUAUUUUCUUUCUGCUUUUCCUUUCAGCUCUGCUGGUAUCUGUUCAUAUCACAAAAGAAGUGGGUUGUGUUCCAUUCGUCUCAGUGAGCCGCUUCUCAAGUUACGGCCAAGGAAAGAUCUUGUGGAGACACUGUUGCACGAAAUGAUCCAUGCCCUGCUCUUUGUUACUCAUAACGACAAAGAUCGUGAGUCUCACGGACCGGAGUUCUGCAAGCACAUGCGUCGCAUUAAUCUCUUGACCGGAGCCAAUGUCACAAUCUAUCACGAUUUUUAUGAUGAGAUUAAUUUGUACCGCCAGCACUGGUGGCGAUGCAACGGCCCCUGCCAAAACAGAGCGCCUUACUUUGGAUAUGUGAAGCGCUCAAUGAACAGAGCACCCUCUGCACAUGACUUCUGGUGGGAUGAACAUCAAAGGACGUGUGGGGGCACGUUCACAAAAGUGAAGGAGCCAGAGAAAUUCUCAGAGAAGUCCAAGCAGAAAACUCAGACAGAAAAACCUCCACAUUUCAAGUCAACUAACAAAGGCAAGACACAAAUGCAUGGCAGGCAAGACCUGACUCCUUUUAGUGGAACGGGAUAUCGGCUCGGAGGAGGAGACAGUGUUCUUUCAGAGAAAAACACAAAUGCCAGCAGCUCCACUGGAAACAGUGAAGCACAUGGCUCACUGCAUCAUUCAGCAGUAAGGACAAUACCAAUCCCUAAAAAUGAGAAAAAAAUGGAAAAGCGACCCCAUAGUGGCAUAUUUCCACUUCUUACCAGUGGUGCUGGUGGGAAGAGCAAUUCAGCUUUAAAGCGUGAGUUUCCAAAACCCUCUGCUGCUAAUACAGAAGAUGAUGAGAAUGACUGGGGAUUGCCUGCUAGGGUGGCUCGUGUUGCUGAAGAAACAUCAAGCCAAGGCUCACCAGUGGGCAAGAGGGCUAUGUCAGCUUCUAGCUGCUCACCAAAGCAAAUUUGUUUGGAGCAGACUGCAAGAGCUCAUGGUGCAUCUGAGAAAAAAAGCUUAGAAUGUGUUAAUACACUACAGCGAUGGCCAAAAACAGAAGACAAAACUGCCUUUGAAAAGUAUUUCAUCAAAAAGGAGGGUACUGAUGUCACUGCAACUCCAAAAACCAGAGCUGAGUUUACACAGUCCUCUGCAAGUCCUAGCAAUCCUGUGAGGCAGGAUAGAAGAGUCAGCUGUCCUGUCUGUGAGACUGACGUUUUGGAAUCUAAAAUAAAUGAACAUCUUGAUUAUUGUCUUGUGUAAAACAGCAGAAAGUUUCUUAAAAAGAUUAACCAGGGCUGGAAACAUUGUUUGAAAGGUAAUUUGCUCAGGGUUUGUUUAGCUGUGGUUACAAUACUGUGUGCUUGUUCCGAAAUGGAAUUUAAAAUGUAACCAACCUCCGUAUCCUCACGCUCCUAAGUAAAAAUUGUGUGGAAUGCUGCUAGAAAUACAGGUAAAGAUUGUUCCUGCACAUGUCAUAACAGCUUUCAUGAUUUGCCAGUUAAACUUCCAGUGCUAUACAGGACAAAUUAGGAUUAAAGUGACAUUACCUGCCAGUCUUUAUUUUGCUGCUUCUGGAAGCCAGCCAGGUUUGUGGUUAGCAGGCCACUCAGUUGAGUACUAAAACCAUUGUGCCACGAAGGGUUAGGAGUGCCAGGCACCUGUGUUUUAUGUGGGCUUCCUGAAACCUUCUCUUGCUGCACUCAGGUUUCAAUAAUAUUAAGGUUGCACUAAUGUUAAACAUAAAACAGUUUGAUUCCUUACAAGCAGUAAGCAUGUUUGCUUAAACAUAAAAAUUGUUUUAUAUAAAUAGCUUUUAACCAGAAUUGUUUUAUACCUUGUUACUGUAAUUUUAAAUGGCUGUAUCAGCCUGGUUUGUACAUGUUUACAGUAUUACUCCAGGUCUCUUAACUCAUUUUAGAUGCUUCAUAUUUUAAAAAAUAUUAACACUAUAGAAGUUUAAUGUAAAUUACUUUGUUCUUGCAAACUUUGAAUAAAUUGUUACUGAAGUUUAAACUUCCACUAA